AUGAAUAAGGUCCCAGUUCGAGUGGAUGGUAGAUUUAGGCUGGGAGAUGUUAUAGGAUCUGGCUCAUAUGCCAUUGUAUAUUCUGCAUGGAACAUCAUCAAUGAUGAUCAUGUUGCCCUCAAACUUGAAACUAUUGUCAACCACCCAUCCUCUGUAGAACAUGAAUACUGCAUUUUGAAGAAACUUGAAGGCAGAAUUGGCAUUCCCCACACCCUCUGGUUUGGUAGAGAAUCAGUGUAUCAUGCUCUGGUUCUUGAACUUCUUGGGCCAUCACUCCACCAACUCUUCCUCGCAAAUGGUCGAAAAUUCAGCCUUCUCCAUGUCAUGAACAUAGGAGAUCAGUUGCUCUCAUGUCUUGAGUACAUCCACUUGCAUAACUAUGUUCAUGGCAACAUCAAACUGCAGAACAUCUUGAUGGGCCUUUGGAAUUUGAGGCACACUGCCUUUAUCAUAGAUUUUGGUAUCACAAAGUCAUACUGGAAUGCUAAAACCAGUGACCAUGUACCAUUUCACCAUGGUCAAAGUCUCUCUGGCACUCCUGCAUUUGCCUCAAUAAAUAAUCACUUAGGAGUUGAGCCAGGUCAUCGUGAUGAUCUUGAGUCACUUACCUACAUGUUAAUCUAUUUUUUGCAUGGCUCCCUUCCAUGGUUGACCAGUGACAAUGAGAAGUUGUCUGGUUCUACCAUACUUGAAUGCAAAGCAUGUGCUACCAUUGCCGAUAUAUGUCAAGACAUCCCUGUUGAGUUUGUGACUAUCCUAAUAUACACACACUCUCUUGCAUUUGCAGAAGAUCCCAACUAUGAUCACCUUCAUUCGUUACUUCAUGAGUGUAAGACUGUCAGCAAAGAUAGAUAUAGACUUUAUGUUGUUGUUGGACCAUUCUGGAGUCCAGGUGGAGCUCAGGGAGCACCAGGCAAAUUGCUUCCGUGGGUCCUGUUAGAUAUGUGUCAUGUCACACACUGUAAUGCACAUGCAACUGGAACUGUCUGGUAA